UAACCACCAAAAAGCGUCACUGUGAGUGGCCAGAUAGUGCUCUGACGUAGAGCAUUUCCUUUAUGAGACAUCUUGUUCACGCAGACUGCGACAGGAUUCGGUCUCUGUGAGCCGGCGUUUGGGAAGGUCGGAGACAUCAAGUUACAGGGAGCUCUCCUAAACAGCCUGAACACAAUGUACCCGACCACCUUGACACAACUGGCCCGGGCGAAUCCCUUCAGUGCCCCACUCUUCUCCCUGCAAAAAGUCGAGGAGCCCAAACAGACAACCAGCGUCAAUGGACAAAACCGGAGGCUUGCAGCCGCAGCUGUGGCGGACGAGGGAGACAGCUGUGAGUUUGGCUCACAGAAGUAUUUCAUCCUAUGUGGCUUCGGCGGAAUUCUGAGCUGUGGAACCACGCACACAGCUGUGGUGCCUCUUGAUUUGAUCAAGUGUCGAAUUCAGGUGGAUCCAGCCAAGUACAAAAGCAUCUUCAAUGGCUUCUCAGUCACACUGAAGGAGGAUGGUUUUAGGGGUCUUGGCAAGGGCUGGGCACCUACUUUCAUUGGCUACUCCAUGCAGGGUCUCUGCAAGUUUGGUUUCUAUGAGGUGUUUAAGGUCCUGUACAGCGAUAUGCUUGGUGAGGAAAAUACUUACCUGUGGAGGACAUCCCUCUACCUGGCAGCCUCUGCUAGCGCAGAGUUCUUCGCUGACAUCGCCCUGGCUCCCAUGGAGGCAUGCAAAGUGCGUAUCCAGACUCAGCCAGGUUAUGCCAACACCCUGAGAGAGUGCGCCCCCAAGAUGUUUGCCGAGGAGGGCUUAUGGGCGUUUUAUAAGGGUGUGGUGCCUCUGUGGAUGAGACAGAUUCCAUACACCAUGAUGAAAUUUGCCUGCUUUGAGCGCACUGUGGAGCUGCUCUACAAGUUUGUGGUGCCCAAGCCCCGCAGCGAGUGCUCCAAGUCUGAGCAGCUGGUUGUCACAUUUGUUGCUGGAUACAUUGCUGGUGUGUUCUGCGCUAUUGUGUCCCAUCCCGCUGACUCCGUGGUCUCCGUGCUGAACAAGGAGUCUGGCAGUACUGCUGUGCAGGUGCUGAAAAAGCUUGGACCGAAAGGUGUGUGGAAGGGUCUGGUGGCCCGUAUCAUCAUGAUCGGUACCCUCACUGCCCUGCAGUGGUUCAUCUAUGACUCUGUGAAGGUCUACUUCCGUCUGCCCCGCCCCCCUCCCCCUGAGAUGCCAGAGUCCCUGAAGAAGAAGCUGGGGCUCACCGAGUAGAGCACCAAUCAUUUCCCCUGACGCUCCAUGUAAUAAUGGCUGUCUUUUCUAUAUUUAAAACCUCAACCACCACCGCCCCCCACCUCUUCGGCUGCUGUACACACAAACCAACAAAGGACGGCAAAGAAUGAACAUGUUUGUUUAUGGAAAAGGCAAAGUAAAAUGCAGUCAUUUGGCCUCAACUCCUGUGUUUUGUCGAUUUUAAGAUUAAAGUGUACCUGGAAAAA